UGAAACCCCCGCUUCUCGCGUUUGGUUGACCUGGGCAACGAUGCUGCCUCCCUGCAGAGAGCGUACGCGCUGAUCAAGUCCGCCAACCUGGGGAAAUCCGAGUUUGACCCCACGGAAAGCUUCAGCCCAGACUUGUUUGUUCUGUGUGCCGAACAGGCCCUGAAGAUGGGGCAGCCGGACGUCAGCGAGGACUGCCUCCAGAUGUACUUCAAGGCGAAGGGGCCGGUCACCCAGUUCCUGGGCCGAGCGCACCUGUGCAGGGCCCAGCUCUGCGCCCCCAAGUCCGCCGAGAACCUGGAGGAGUUUGAAAAUUGUGUGACUCAGUACAUGAAAGCAAUAAACUUUGCAAAAGGAGAACCCAGGUAUUACUUCUUGGUAUAUAACGCGUCCGUCCUCUACUGGCAAAUGGUGAGGCCGUUCCUCAAGCCGGGGUCCCGUCACCAUCUGAUCUCCAGCCUCGCCCAAAUCAUACACGUGUUAAACCAAACCGAGGCGGAGGACAAGGAGUGGCUGGCAGAGCUGAUGCUGGAACUUCUGGAGUGCUAUCUGCAGGCGGGAAGAAAGGAGGAGGCCGCGAAGUUCUGCUCCACUGCAGCCCCCUUUGUAAGAGCCAACGCGCCCGAGAAGUACCGACACGCGUUCUCCGUCAUGGUGCAACACGAGUUAGUGGACCAGCUUCAGUUAAAGGAAGAGACGAGAACCUCCAUUAGCCUGUCUGUCACCUACCACAUAAACAUGCUAAAACGGAAACUGGAUAACAAGGAGCUACCUGAUGACGUCAGCACAGUUCUGAGGAAGCCCUACAAGCAGCUAAGUUACUACGAUCACCAGCGCGUCCCUUCGGUCAGGGAGGAGAAAAUUCUUUUGCUUAUUGAGUUGGCUCAUCUUUCUUUGACCUUGAAAUGUGAGGAGAUCGCCGCCGACUGCGUCUCCGACCUGAAGAAAAUCGGCAGCCAAGACCCUGGGAAACUGAUUGAAAUCGAAUGCCUGGAGUACGAAUUAGAAGCUUUAGGACUCGAAAGCAGAAUGAACAUCUAUGUCCGCGCAGCGGUUGAGGCCCAGCUGAACGUGGUCCAGAGACUUGACGCUGCGCUCCAGCGGGCCGUGCGCCUGGGCGACCCGAGCGUCAUCCACGUGGUGUGCGCCACCCAGUGGAACACCUGUCUCCCUUUGCUGCAGCACAACCUGAGGUCCCACCUGCGGAAGCCGCUGACCAACAUCGCGGACGUCCUGGAGAAGGUGGACAGCCUCAUGGUCCUGCUCCGCUGCCAAGUGCACAUGGAGAUGGCGCACAUCGAGGAGGACGAGGACCGGCUGGAGCCGGCCAUGCAGCACCUGCGGAAGGCCAUGCUUCUGGACAGCCUGGGCCUCUACCAGGACGAGCUCAAGAUGGCCUUCAACCGGCUGCACCUGGGCGCCAUGCUGUACCAGUCCCCGGAGCGCGCCGAGGACAAGGCCAUCAUGGCCAUCGAGCAGGCGAGGAAAGCCGCCCCCAGAGACGGCGUCAGGAAGCAGCGGGCUCUGCUGGUGAACGCGGGCCUGGCCCUGGCCCCCGACGCCUUCCAGAUCGUGCUGGACAGUGAGAACGAGGCCAAAGUUUCCCUAGGGAAGACCAGGGGCCGGUUCACCUUCCUGUUCGCGAAGGCGCGGCACCACAUCGCCAGCGUGGACAAGGCGGCGGGGCACUUGCGGCGCCUGGGGACCCAGAACGCCAGGGAGCGAAUACAGAUCUGGGCCGAGCUCGCCAAAGUCGCCCGGAAGCAAGGAGUGUGGGACAUUUGCCGGACAGCCUGCCGCUUCUGCCUGCUGUACGACAGCGUCAAGGGGAGGAAGCCGGCGCGGCCGAGGAGAGGAAAGAAGAAGCGGGGCGGAGACAGCUCGGCCCAGGACAGCCAGGGCCAGUCAGAAGUGACGCCGCAGUGGCACGGGUCCCCCACCCUGCUGCGCAAGUUCGCGGAGGUGGGGUUCAUCAACGCAGAGGCCACCGUCCACCUGCUGCGGUCAGAAGGUGAGCAGCUCAACGAGCACCCCACGCCCCCCGAGGACCCGAGCCAGCACCCAGCCGGCCACACGCCCGAGGGCCCCGAGGACAAAGCCCAGUGGGCCGUGUACCGGACCUGGAUCGAGGGUCUGUCGCAGAGCGCCAUGAACAGCUGGCUGCGGUCCGCCGACAUCGGGCAAGAGACCGGGGAAGGCUGGAUCGUGCAGAACGCGGUGGUCUACGUCCUGAACCACAACCACCACCUCAUCAUGGCCGGGAGGCAGAAGGAGCUGGUGGACGCCUUGGACCACCUCCUGGGCAUAGUCAAGGCCAUGGGCCUCAGCGGAGACUCCACUCUGCUGGGCACGCUCUGCAAUACUUUGGCUCGAGGCUUGAUUAUCAACUGGAUUCCAACCCAAGUGCCGGAAAAAUCUGAGAGACCCGUGCGCCCGAACCCGUUUCAUGCACCACUGGACUCGGGAGCCAGCGCAGAAGUCAGGACCGCGGUGGAGGUUUGCGAGUUUGCCCUGAACCUGAGCAACGGGACCGCGCCCGAGGCAGUGGUGCCCCUGAACACCCGGCAGCAGCUCAUCGCCACCUGGGUGAAGGCCAAGCAGCUGCUGCAGCAGCAGAUCGGGCCGCGGCUGGGCGUGGACGAGCAGAGUCCCAACGAGGACAUCAACUCGGUGACCCGAGUUCUCGUGGCUCUGGAGAUGUACUCCUGCAACGGGCUGGGCCUCAUGGACUUCUCUGUGCCCCCCUUGGCCCAGGUGGUGAAGAUGGCUUCCGAGUGCCACUGGUCCGACCCCCUGGUGGAGCUGCAGAGCCUGACGCGCCUGGCCCACUUUGCCCACGCGGCCCACGCCCACGAGGUCACCAUGGGCUGCUCGCAGAAGGCCAUCCAGAUGGGCAUCAGGCUUCUGAGGGGGUUUAAGCCGGUGGAGACCCGGCUGGUGGCCGAGAUGCUGAGUGUGGCCGCCGGCAUGCAGGGCAGGAGCAUCCUGGAGAGCCUGAAGGGCAGGCAGCAGCUGCGCCUGGUGGCCGUGAGGUCCUUCAUGGACAGCGCCAGGUUCGGGGGCAUCGCGGAGAGCAGCGCCCUGGUGACGCUGGCCGCGAGGCGCUGCUGGAACGCCUGGCUCCCGCUGCUGGCCUCCGCGGCCGGCAGGAGGAAGGCCAGGAGCGCAGUGCAGAGGCUCAUCAGCAUCAUCAACAAGACAGACGGGAAAAAGCAGGGAAAAGGAAAAACUCUGCUUUUGCACCAGUGGCCCACGGCGGACUUCCAAAAUGGAGGGACUCUGGAAGGUCAUUGUCUCCCAGGUGCCGCCGAGGACGACCUGAGGCUGCGCGCCGCGCUCUACGGCCUGCUCUUCCACUGCCACGCGGACGGCGGCGACUGGGGGGGUGGCCUCAGGGUGCUGGACGAGGCCGUGCAGGUGCUGCCGCGGACUGCGCACCGCCUCCUAAUCUUCAAACAUAUGGUCAUUGUGAAGGCCAAACUUGGCCAGAAUUUCUCGAUGGAAAUACAGAAAUUCAAAGACGAGAGUGAAGAUUACUUGGCGAGCAUGUGGCACCGCCUGGCCUUGAACUCGAGGAGUGUGCACGGAGAGCUGAGCUGCUACCACAGCGCCAUCCAAGCCUUGCAGAAGCCAGAGAGUGAGUGGCAAAAAGUUGAGUACAUCAUGGAGUUCAGCGAGUGGCUGUACCACAGACAGUUUCCCUUGGAGGAGGUGACUUUCCACCUGGAGUGGGCGAUUGACACCCUGCUGGUGAUGGCACCGGCCGGGGGCGCACCGGAGUGGGCAGAGGAGCAGCUGCUCUCUCCCGCAGCCCCCGGAAGUCCAGUGUCCGAGUCCGCGGGGACAGGCCCCUCGGAGGAGCUCUGGAGCGUGAGGCAGCUGGAGGCCCUGGCCCGCGCCUGCACCCUGCUGGCCCUGCUGGUGUCCCCGAGCGCCGCCGACCACCAGGACUACUGCCUCCUGGCCUACACGUUCGUCAGGCGCAUCUGGCAGGUCUCUUUGUUAACAGCAGGAAAAUUGAUUUUAGAAAGCAAAAUUCUAGAAGCAACAGCUAGUUCACAUUUGCAACUGCCUAAAAAAGAGAAGGAGAAGGAAAAGAAGGAGAAGGAGGAGAAGGAGAAGGAAAAGAAGGAGAAGGAGCCGGGGAAGGAGAAGGAGAAGGACAGGGAGACGGGCAAAGACCCGAGCCAGCAGCCCACCGAGGUCCCUGGCCAACCGCCGGAGGAGCUGCCGGCCAGCAUGGAGGCCUGGGCCUCCUACUCCUGCCCCGAGGAGGUGAUUUCUGUGUUUAAACAAGAUAGAAGCGACUUUACCAUUAAUGCCUCAAGCUUCCAGAAGCCGACAUACAGUUUAUAUUACCUGGACCACUUGGUCAGAGCCCUGCAGACGAUGUCCCUGAGUGAGCUCGCCAUCCCAGUCCUGCAGUUGGGUGUGCUAAUUGCAGGCUCCGUGGUAGAGAGCAAGAGCCUCGAAGAUCUCUACCAUCUUCGACUUGCCUUGGUUUGUUCUGAUUUGAAGUUGCAAGAAGCAGCGACGUACCAUGAAGCAGUAGUUGGGCAAACAUAUAUGUGUGAAAUGGAGCAGGCGAGCUGCAGAAAAGACAUUGCCUUGAGAAAGGAGAAAAAUAAGGAGCCGCCACCCGAAGAAAGUCUGACGGCACUGACCGAGCCCGUAACUGUGGUCCAUAAAGCGGAGAUGGAGCCCCUCGUAGCGCAGGAUCAGAUCUUGGAGAUAAACAGAGAGACCGGGAGGGGGCUGGAGGGAACGUCCUUCCCCCAGCUCUGGACCCUCAAGGCGGAGGUUCUGCUGGAGAUGGACCUGUACCAGCCGUCGAGGCUGCUGCUGUCGGAGGCCCGCUGGGCCUUCCAGGAGCUCAACGAUCCUUGUGCCGAAGCAAGAUGCCUGCACCUUCUAGCGCAGCUGGCGAACAAGGAAAGAAACUACGGGCAAGCGCGGCAGAUGGUGGAGCGGGCCCAGAGCCUGGGGGGCGGCGAGCAGUUCUGGUACAGCUCAACCCUGACCCUGGCAGACGCGCUCCUGGCCUCGGAGAGCAAAGGCCAAGAAGCGACGGUCUGCCAGUUGUUCCAGAAGCUCAUACAGACCUUCAAGGUUCUGCAGAAGGAGAGGCCUAACCGGAGGCCCAUCUUGGAGUUCAUGACCACAGACCUAGAGGCCAGGUGCGUGAGCCUCCAGGUCAGGGCGGCUCAGGAGGCAGCCUGCGGCGACCCUCCCCCACGCUCGUCCGCGCUGAGCGACAUGGAUGACCGCUUGGCGCAGAUUGAGACGCGGCUGGUCACCUGUGGCUACAGAGACCGCUGUCUGGAUAUAAAGCUAGAGCGCGCCCGGAUAAAGAGAUUAUGCGCCAGAGACGAGCAGGAUGGAGAGCAGAGGACCGCGUUCUUCCUGGAGGCUUACGACUUGGUGCAGGGGGCUGUGGCUGACGCGGAGGGGCUGUGCCGCGGCGUGCGGGCCUUGCUGUCCCUGCACAAGGUGCAGACCGCCAACACGCCCCUGAUGAGGACGCUGGCGCGGCUCAGACUCAGCCUGGCGGACUUGGCCCUGGACCUGCUGCAGCUCAUCUGGGAGGAGACGCUGGCCCGCGAGUCUGAGCAGAGCUCCAUGGAGAAGCUGCUGGCCGACUACCUGCAGAGCGGCAGCGACCACACCUCCGUCGGCUUGAAAUGGUCGACGCUGAAGCGGACGCUGGCCCACCGGGCGCUGGCGCAGCUGGAGGCCCUGCACUGGCCAGGCGCCGGCGGCGUGGAGGCCCGGGCUCGGCAGCUGGGCCUGGCCGGGAGGGCGCUGCGCCUGCUGGCCCUGCAGGCGGCCCCCGUGCGCCCCACCUUCUACUGGGAGGAGGGCCCCUGGGCUGGUGCUGAGCUGAGAGGCCAUCAGCGCCUGGAGAUCGUCCAGGAGGACGAAGAAGGCAGCCCGAGAGCCUCCGGGGCCGCCUCAGAGGAGCGCAGCAGGAAGGGCUGGUACCUGCAGCGGGUGGAGCUGGCCCAGCGGUACCUGGCCCAGGCGUCCGAGGUGCUGCUGCAGUGCUUGCAGGUGGCCCUGGGCGGCCAGCUUCUGGACAUCGCAGCGGCUGCCAGCCUGGAGACGGUGGAGUGCACCGGCACCCUGGACCCCGGGGCCACCUGCCAGUUCCUGGCGCUGGCUCAGAGCUGCUCCUCCUCGGAGAUGAUGCGGGAUGUUCUGUUGGCGGCCACGGACAACACCAGCAGCUCGCAGCUGGCAGCGCUGCUGCAGCUGGAGCACCGGCUGGAGCGGAAGCAGGGGACGUCCAGCGGCCUGGUCUCCGGCGUGAAGCAGAGGCUGGUGGCCAUUUCCCGGGCUUGGCAAAAUCUCUUGGUCACCGAGCAGCAUUUUAACAUCCUGAAUGAAAUCCCACCGACUUUUCGGAUUCUCUUCUUGCACCACAGCCGGGAUGGGACCCAUCUGUAUGGCGCUGCCUGCGAGAGACCCAGGUCCGUCCCUGCGGCCAAAGGGAAGGCGCUCCAAGCGGGCGGCUUCUGCAAGGUGGCCCGGGUGGCCGUGAACCCGGCCACCUUCUCCUGCCUAUUGGCCAGUGCCCAGCAGUUCCGGGAGCUGGCCCAGGAAUUGGAAAAUGGGCACCAGCACCAUGAGAGGGAAGGACAGUCUCUGCAGAAGUUUGGGGAAGUCCUGACAGGCCUGGAGGAGUACCUGAGGCCGCUGCUCCCCGUGCUCAGCAGCCCGGAGCCCAGAACACAGACGCCCACAGUUGUUGCAGAUUCGGGGAGACCAAAGGGCAAAGACAAGGAAAGGAAAGCGUCGCUGCCCCAGGUUCAGCCCGAGGCUGCGGACAGCACUGUCCUCGCUGCGGACCGGCAUCUUCUGGAGCUGCCGCUCGAGGGUCUCUCCGUGUUUGCGGAAGGGGUGGUCUCCGUGUCACGAGAGUUUUCCCUGCAGAUGCUGUGGAAUCGCCUCCGUAAAGAGGACACAGCCAACGGGGCCGUGAAGAGGGAGGCCAAAGGCAAAGACUCCAGGAAGAGGAACCCAACUAGGAGGGGACACAAGAACGCUGCGCCCCGGCUCAUCCCCCUGGACUGCCUCCUGGUCGACCCCGACAACUUCAAGUUCAUCGCGGACCCCCACGAGGAGGCCCAGGGCACAGACACGCUGACUCCCGUCUCCGUGACCCAGGACAUUUUGGAAAGAUUCCGAGACACGUUCACUGCUCUGUGGGUGGGACAUCUGGGAAAGAAGCGCUUCCCCAGCCAGGCCCAGUGGGAGCAGCUCCUAGGCCACUGCAGCGGCUUCUUCUUCUAUGGGAUGGAGAGCUUCCUGUCCCACGUCAUGGUGGAAAGGUUGGCUGCCAUGAACCUAGAAGAGUGCCAGGUGAUGGUCCUGCUGGACCGGACGCGGUCCUACCAGAGCAUGUGGCGGCACACGGAGCACUCAGAGAGCAAGAGUGUGGCCCAGCUGUCCCUGGAGAAACCCGUCGAGACGGCCAUCCUUCUGAGUCUGGUGGGGGUCAGGAGCAUCCUGGCGAACCAGUGGCCCACCUCCCUGCAGCACAACGCCCUUCGGGCCAGCAUCCUGUGGGAAAAUCUGUUGACAGUUGGCAGGCCGGUCGGGAGAGCCGUCCAUCUCCUUCGGAAGACGGGAGCUGGUGACACGAAUACCCAUGAUGAGUCUCUGAGGACCGUCAAGGACAAGCUGCCGUCUUUCCGGCCACUGCCCGGUGGCCCUGAGCGACUCCCCAUCGCCCUCAACAUGGUCCUGUACGGGCUGCCACACCUGGCCAUCGGGUGACCCCCACCCCCGAGGACACGGACCCCAACGGCCCCUCCGAGGACCCACCACCCAGCCCUCCCCCCCACAGGCUCCCAUCUCCAGCAGCCCCGCCCCCGAGCCCCAGUUCUGCACAGGCCCCCUGGGCCCUCCCGGUCCGGCCGGGCCUGGGCUCCCUCCUUGCCCCAGCCAGCAUGCCCAAGGCCCUCUCCGGGGGCUCCACGGGGGUGGACGUGAGGGGGGCAUCGGGGCUGACCCCGCAGUUGCCCGGGCCCCCAGGACCCUCCCCUUCUCCAUGGGCCUGUGGUGGGGAAGCCGCCUGGACACGGGGCUGGGGCUGGGACAAGGGGUGGCCCCCCUCCCACGGUCUUCAGCAGCAGGGGGCCCCCUGGAGGAUAGCCUCCCUGCGGUAAGGCCCUCGGUCCCUAAAGACUCACCGUGGCCACCGCACCCUGGCUCCUGGGGGUUUACGUGCUUUAGUAAAAACAACUAAAUUGAG